AUGGAAGGCACUCACUGCACCCUCCAAUUGCGUAAACCCAUUUCCGAACUCUGCUACAUCAGCUUCUAUCUUCCAAGGGGCGAAGUCAGAGGAUUUUCGUACAAGGACACCGUAACUCUAGACAGAGCCAGUAAAGGGUUUCAUAACUGCUACCAAGUCAGGGAGGGGUCUGACAUCCACAGCCUCAGCCUGCAGCCGAAUGAACAUCCAGGCGACAUCUUUUUCAAGCCAAUUCCCACGAAAGACAUUCUGACUGAGCUGUACAAACUCACCGCCGAGAGGGAGAGACUGCUGGCCGGUCUGCUGAGCUCAGACCACAUCCUGGGGAUUACGAUGGGGAACCAGGAGGGGAAGCUGCCCGAACUCUCUGUGAGCCUGGCCCCCGAGGAUGACUCUUUCCAGAGUGCUGGCGACUGGCUGGGAGAGCCUGCUGUGGGCUGUCUCAACAAGAGGAGCUCCCACGGGAUCAAAAAGGCCCGGAGGUUUGGUGGAAGGAGAGGGAGCUUUGACGGGCUGUCUCAAAGCUCCCUGCAGAAGAGGACAAGAAGAAAGGGGCAUGGGGGCCAGGAAUUGGCUCCUCUGCUGGGGAAGGACCAGGUCUAUUCCAGUACUUCCCUUCCUCUCUCUCGAACAAGGCCUCAUCUUUGGCUUCUGGAGGAGAGAGGCAACUUGCUCCUCAAUGGGACGCUUACUUCAUCCCUGCGGAGGAGAGAGAGCUGCACCCUAGAGGUCCCCAGGACACUGGAUGCUGACUCUGGCUCGGGAAGCGUCAAGAAGCCUUCUGAAGAUGUGGGGCUGGGAAGAGGCGGGCUGCCCCCUGACUGCAGCUCCACGGAGCCAGGGGAUGAUAGCGCGAGGGAGCUGAAGAGAACCCCUCGCAGGCUGUUGCAUCAGCAAACAGGCUUGACUGACAGUCACAAGGAGCCUGAGAAGAAACCAGAGGCAGAGAGAGGCCGGAGAGCAAAGGCUGCUGAGUGGACUCACAGGAAGAAGCCUGUUUCCAGAGUGGUGGCCAGAGUCCAGGAUCUGUCCACUCAGGUACAGAGAGUAGUCAAAACGCAUCCUGAGGGUAAGGGAAAGAUUGCCCCUGGCCUAGCAGCCCCAGCUGAGUUCAUACCCAGCGCAGACUUGCUCACCCUCCCGGGAGCUGAGGCUGGGGCUUGGGGAGCCAGGGGCCUGGACAAGGAACAGCGAAGGGACAGGUCAUGGCAGCCAUCAGCUGGGGAAUGCCCCCCAGCCAGCACUGAGGGGGCUGUGAACAAGGUCCUCCUGAAGGUGAUAGAGAGCGAUAAGUUAGAUGACGCCGCUGAGGGCAAACGGCUGGGCUUUCCCUUUGGGACCAUUGGCGUCCACACCCUCCCAGAAACCAGGAGCAGGAGGGGAGCUGGGCUUGGAAGAGGCAAAACCUUGUUUCUGGAUCUGCUCCGUGGUAGCUUGGACCCUGGAAGUGAUGAGAAGAGGCUGCCCCCACCAGCGCUGGCCGCUCUUGGCUCGGUAAUUAAUCAUUCAUCCUUUCCACCCAGCACGCGCAAGCGGAUGUCACCUGUUCCCUCCCCUCUCUCUCCAAGACUCCCCAGCCCUCAGCAGCAUCACAGGAUCCUCAGGCUCUCCUCACCGCCUGGAGAGAGGGAAGCCGCUCUUGAUGACUCUCUUUCCGGAAGGCGCCGUGCUUUCUCUGGGUCCCUCUCUGCUGACACCUUGGAGCCACCAUCCUCUGCCAAGGUCACGGAGACCAAAGGGGCCAGCUCCUCCUCCCUCAGAGUGGGCCAACCUCGGUUGGUGCCCAGGGAACCUCCGGAAAAGACCUUGGGGCCGGGAAGGACCACAGCUGCUCAGCCCCAGCACCAGUCACCUCCAGGCAUCUCCUCUGAGGGCUUUGCCCGGGACGGCUUCAGUGAGCAGACAGCAGCUAAAGACCUUCCCAGCAAAGAUGGAGGUGCAUGGUUCCUCGCUUACAGAGCCGGGCCAGCCUGUCCAUUUCUGCUCCAUGAGGAAAGAGAGAAACCCAACAGAAAUGAAUUGCACUUGGAUCUCCAUCCUGACCACAGUCCCACUGAGCAGGAUGAUAGGAUUCCUGGCAGACUCCAGGCUGUCUGGCCACCACCGAAGACAAAGGACACCGAAGAAAAAGUGGGAUUGAAGUACACUGAAGCAGAAUACCAAGCUGCUAUUUUACACUUGAAGAGGGAGCACAAAGAAGAAAUUGAAAACCUACAGGCUCAGUUUGAACUUCAAGCCUUUCACAUCCGGGGCGAGCAUGCAGUGAUAACAGCAAGACUAGAGGAAACCAUUGAGAAUCUCAAACACGAGAUAGAACACCGACGGCAAGGAGGAUGCGAAGAGAUGAGAGAUGUGUGUGUCUCCACGGAUGAUGACUGCCCUCCAAAGACUUUCAGAAAUGUGUGCAUCCAGACAGACAGAGAGACUUUCCUCAAACCCUGCGAAGGUGAAGGCAAGACAACCAGAAGUAACCAAAUAAUACCUAAAAAGCUGAACAUCUCCUCUUUAAGCCAGCUCUCUCCCCCAAGUGACAACAAAGACACCUGCGUACCACCUGCGGAAGGCAGCUCAUUGAAUCAGCAGAGAGCAACUCCUUCCCCUCCCCCUCCCCCUCCUGCCCCACCACUGCCAGCAGCCAUCCCUCCCCCGCCUCCCCUCCAACCUGGACUUGGACCUUUGCCACCAGCACCUCCGCCGCCACCUGUGAAUACUGGACCGCCCCCGCCUCCACCACCUCCUCUGCCUCCAAGUGCAGGACCUCCCCCACCCCCACCGCCCCCGCCUCUCCCUCCUCCUCUCCCUCUGCCCAGUAGCGGGGGUCCUCCUCCUGCUCCAGCACCCCCAGAACUUGCACCCCCACCUCCUCCUGGACUCUUCUUCGGAGUUGGCCCUUCUUCUAGCCAGUGUCCUCGGAAGCCAGCCAUUGAACCCAGUUGUCCAAUGAAGCCUCUGUACUGGACUAGGAUACAAAUAAGUGAUAAGAGCCAAAAUUCUACGCCAACUUUAUGGGAUUCCUUAGAAGAGCCUGAUAUUCGGGAUACUAGCGAAUUUGAGUAUUUAUUCUCCAAAGACACAACUCAGCAGAAGAAAAAACCUCUCUCAGAGACCUAUGAGAAAAAAAACAAGGUCAAAAAGAUCAUCAAGUUAUUGGAUGGAAAACGAUCUCAAACUGUGGGAAUCUUGAUCUCUAGUUUGCAUUUAGAAAUGAAGGAUAUCCAGCAGGCCAUUUUUAACGUGGACGAUUCCGUGGUUGAUCUGGAAACCCUGGCAGCCUUAUAUGAAAAUAGAGCCCAAGAGGAUGAACUUGUUAAAAUAAGAAAGUAUUAUGAGACAUCCAAGGAGGAGGAAUUGAAGCUUCUGGAUAAGCCUGAACAAUUUUUGCAUGAGUUAGCCCAGAUCCCUAAUUUUGCUGAACGUGCCCAGUGCAUAAUCUUCAGAUCUGUCUUUUCUGAGGGUAUCACUGCCUUGCACCGAAAGGUAGAGAUCAUCACACGAGCUUCUAAGGGCUUGCUGCACAUGAAGAGUGUAAAAGAUAUUUUAGCUCUCAUUCUGGCUUUUGGAAAUUAUAUGAAUGGAGGAAACAGGACUCGGGGACAAGCAGAUGGAUAUAGCUUAGAAAUUCUGCCCAAACUCAAGGAUGUCAAAAGUCGGGAUAAUGGGAUUAAUCUGGUCGACUACGUGGUGAAAUACUACCUGCGUUACUAUGAUCAGGAAGCAGGAACAGAAAAGAGCGUUUUCCCCCUGCCUGAACCACAGGAUUUCUUCUUGGCUUCUCAAGUCAAAUUCGAAGACCUUAUAAAAGAUUUGAGAAAACUGAAGAGGCAACUAGAAGCAAGUGAGAAACAGAUGGCAGUUGUGUGUAAGGAGUCGCCAAAGGAGUAUCUGCAACCGUUCAAGGACAGGCUCGAAGAGUUCUUCCAGAAAGCCAAAAAGGAACAUAAAAUGGAAGAAAGUCACUUGGAGAAUGCACAGAAAAGUUUUGAAACAACAGUAGGCUAUUUUGGGAUGAAGCCAAAGUCUGGUGAGAAGGAGAUCACACCCAACUACGUGUUUAUGGUGUGGUACGAAUUUUGCAGUGACUUCAAGACAAUCUGGAAACGGGAGAGUAAAAACAUAUCUAAAGAAAGAUUGAAAAUGGCUCAGGAAUCAGUCAGCAAGUUAACAGCAGAGAAGAAAGUGGAGACAAAGAAAAUCAACCCCACGGCUAGUCUGAAGGAAAGACUGCGUCAGAAGGAAGCCAGUGUGAGCACCAACUAACACAGAGAUGUGGGAAAGCAACGAUGGUGAGGCAUAGUACCCGCAUGAUCCUCUGUAACACCAAUGCUACAAGAAGUCUUCAAAAGAUAUGUCACUCAAUGUUUAUUUUGCUCAUCCCUUUCUGAGCACCCUGUGCCUUCUUAAAGAAGCCCCUUGUUAAGCCAUAGCAACAAUGAAAUGCCACUGAAGAAAUAUUUGAGAACUGUUUCUUCCAAAGGUCCAAAAUUUGCUCUGCUACAAGACCAGAGAAUUACCAAGAUUUUUGAGUUUUUUUUCUUCUUCUUCUUCUUUUUUUUUUAAAUCAGAGACCUCAAGCUUUCUAACCCAGGCAAGAUAUAUGUAAACUUGUGACAGAAGAAGAGAUGGAUAUUUUGUGACAGCUGCCUUGAGCAAGUUCAAGCCUUGAUCCUUAGAAUAAUCAAGCCUGCUGGUUUGAUUAUUGAUCUUAAUUUUGAUUCUAUUGCAGCAAGAUCCUGAAGCACCCUUCUUGCCAAAAAUGUUGAGACUUACCAGAAUUAUUUUAAGAGGCCCAAGACUGUAUGCCCCACACUCAAGAAAUGGUUAUUUUUUCAUUGUUUUUCAUGUGCUAGAAAGAACAGAAAAUGGAUUUAUACAUGGAUGGAGAAGGGGGUUAAAUAGUCAUAAACUUCUUUCUGGAGAACAAAUUAUAAUACAGGUCGUUGGCAUCAGCCAUUUAGCAAGACCCAUUCUUCUGUUUUCAUAUCAGUUCAUUGAGGUUUCCUAGGCCACUAGGAAUUCUCUACCCUUUCUUUUAAGGAAAAAAAAAAAAAACUAUGAUAACUGAGCAGCAACAGACUUGGGGUCAAAGCAUCUGCUUUGAUGAGUGACCCAGUGUCAGUCAGAGUACAUUUCACACCUCAAAUCAUCUAUGAGUGGAUCCACCAUGUUGACCUGCAGCUUAGCUAUACACCAGGUUCUGGGACUGAAUAUGACUGGGCCUCUCCCACGCACCCCAGGAGGCAGUGUCUAGACAAGAGAGAAAAUGCUACUUGCAGCUGUUUAUCAUGACCUUGACUGACAGACAUGUGACCUAUGGUUGAAGCAGGGGGGUGGGGGUUAAUGUCCCAAAAAGAGAGAGUAGAAAAAAAAGUUCUUUACAUCAAAAUGGGAAGAAGGUGAUUACACUGAUAUUGAAUUUUGAGUUCAAUAGGCAGUUUUUUCUGACCCUGGAAGCCUGUGUGAUUACUGCCUCUAGAGUCACAGGAAAACCACCUUGGACCUCUCUCCUGACAUUUUUACCUUAAACCACUCUCCUAUGCUGUGAGAGGAGAAGUGAGACUUGGGGUGAACUGAAGUAAGGAUCAAAGCCUAUCAGGUUUCAGUCUUGAAAGGAGAGAGGUCCAAGCUUUCUCCUCCCAACUGAUGGGAGACCAUCUAGAGAAGAGCAGAAACCUUAAAACCCUUCCCCAUCUGCUGGUCAUGUGUGAGCUGCCCCUUGCCCCAGCAUCUUGCCAGAAUCUCUCAACUUGCCAGGUACCUGAGUGUCUACCCAGGACCUGCCUGCUAGUUAUCAGCCCCCACGGGGACCCCAUAAUAGAUACAGCCAAUUAAAGCAGCACCAUAUCCUAAUACAAUGCCCAGGAAUGCAGUCAGGAUCAAAUCUAGUCACAAAGCCAUAUUCCCGCAGGUGCUAGCCACUCUUUCUAAUAAUUUUUUUAAAAGGGGGAUAUAAUAACAUGGUUUGUUUUUUUCCCAAAAAAAAGAAUGAGACAAGCAAAACAGAAGAGCUGGUAAGAACUUACAUGACUAAUAGCAGUUGCUUGUGAGCAAGCCUUUCAUACUGCUUUCUUCGAUUGUUUUUCUCUUCAUUUUCACUUAAUGGUGAGGACCUAAGAAAUUCCUCAAUUUGAAACAAAUCUUGCUUACAGCUACCCCAUGCUCUGUGACAGUCCUUCUAGUAUUAUCGGACAAAAGAAAAAGCACCUGUUUUACCCAUGCUCAAGUUGGAUUUCAUUCUAGUGGACAGACCAGAAAUUGGCAGUAAAAUAAAACCUUUUCUAAAGAGCAAAGUUUGCCUACCUCUGUUGGGAAAACCUGGUGAGUGCAAUAUACCAUUAGUGUGUGAAGACACCAUGGCAGGACUCCCAUGAUUCUCACCCAAUUUGCAUCCUGCAUUAGGUAUCUGGACACCCCUCCCAAGUCCAUACAUGGACUUCAGUGUGACGGUGCCCUCAUUUGUAACUUGACCCAAUGCUUGGUAAAAGUUCACAAGACUUUGUCUAAGGUGGACCAUCUAAAACAACCUGGAGGCCCUGAGAGAAUGACCCAUCCAAAAUGCAGCUGAGAUUGUGUUAACUACACAGGAGUAAGUAGUUGGGGUACACUUAGCAGCUUGGGCAUGUCUGGCUGUUCUUAGCACAGCCCUGCCUGCACAAGAGGGACAGUGGCCAGUAUUUCUACUCUGUGUCUAACCAGACAUAUUUGACUUACUAGUCAGAUUCAGAGAAAUACCUUAACUUAUAACAACAUCAUCUCUGCCUAGUUAAGAUUCAUUAAAGCUGAGGGCAUAGUGGAUAGCAGUUCAGAUUCUUGCAUAACCUGCAUAAUCAUCGAGCACACAAGUAUAUCAUAUAUGACGUAAAAGCAUUAUACAAACAUGUUAGGUAAAAAACAGGCCUAUGAAGUAUUGAGGAUCAAGUGAGGAGGGGGUGUGCUCUAUGCCUUUUAACCCAAGAAGAGGCAGUUUAUGGGCAGAGGCAUGGUUAAAAAAAAAAAGGGAAAAGGUAGCCAAGAAGAAAUGAAUGAUGUGAUGGUCAAGGCCCAGGAAUCAAAGGUGAUAGACCUGCUGCUCAGAAGUUACCUUUUGAAUCCUUGAGUUGAUGUCUAUGAAAUCUCUUUAAACAUUCAUUGCAACUACCCAGGAAUUAUGAAGAAAAAAGUCUGAAAUCUGAGAAGUAGAAUAAAGAGAUCCAGUCAUGCUCUUCCAUCUUCAAAUGUUUUAGCCAAAACAGUGGGCAACAUGAUGAGAAACUGAAUGCCAGGUUUGACUCCGGUCUCCAGUCCUCUUUUCGUCCCGGUGAGAAUAGUAGAAGCUACACACCUGCUCAGCUGCUCUGAUGCACCUCCUUUUCUCAUAAAUACCAUAAGGAAAGGCAUUUCCCUAAAAGCUCAUAUGCUGUUGGUGAAGAUUAAAGGAAGGAAUAAAACUCUUUGGUAGUAUUCAGCAAGGUGAAGAAGUCAUUGGUACAGUCCUUCCAAGACUGUGAUCAGAUGUAUCAAAAGAUAUGUAAGUGUAUUUUUGAUAAAGAUUUGCUUGUUGGACUGGGAUUGCACAUCUCUCUCUCUAGAUUAUACCACCUGCAUGGGGAAAUUUUAAUUUUACGUCUUUGUUGGACAUGAUGUUUUAUUUCUAUUUCAUUCUUGCCUGGUGUCACUGACAUAGAUCGUUGCACACAGAGACAGCACCUAGUCAGCCAGAAUAUGAAAGGGAAUUAAAGUGCAGACCGGUGGGCUCUUUCCCAGUAACCAGACGGUAACAUUGACAUGGGAACUUCAUUCCCUGAUAUUCUAAAUUGGUCUGUUUUGUAGUACUGCCACCCUUGCCAAAUAAAAAUAAAACCAAUUUGGGGUUUUCUGUGUGAAGAGGAAGGAAGAAGUCAAUAAAACAUAGCUUUCCCCCUCAAAAUAACUGAUGCAAAUAUCAAAUAUCCCAUUCUAUAAUUAGUGUAAAUAGUCUAAAAAUUGCUAACAAGGACUCUCCAGUAGAUUUGAGCUUCAUUUUUCUUUGAUCUUGACCGUUCUCAUCAUUUUAAAACAAAAAGACCAAAAGGUAGAAGGGGAAAAGAAGCAUCAGAAAUUUGGAAGUCAACAAAGUAAUUAGUUCCUGAAUCACAAAAGAAGGACAUACUGUGACACCCAGUAUUGUAGAGGUCCUAAGCAUAUAAGAAUUUGAACAGCUGUGAGGGCUGAUGAGUGUGGACAAAGCAAAAGCUCUUAACUGCCCACUUGAGACUUCAGCCUAAACCAGGCAAUUUUCAGAGUGGAUUUAAGAGAGUGAAGUAUUGCUCUGAACAAUUUAUUUUUGGAAAAAUCACAUACAAAGAGAAGUGGUAUGUAGAGAAAGAAGUGUUAGACAAUUAAAAUUUCCUUUCUCUGAUUCUCUUGUAAGAGCAGUUCAUAAAUGGAUGGACCAUCCAGAAAACCAUAAAUACCACACUUCAUUUAUCAGGUUUUUACCGUAGAAACACAGCUAAAGAGAGUGGACUGAAUAAAGAAAUGAACUUUCAUUCAUGUCAGCUACUUUGUUAUCAUAAAGAAAUCUACAAGAGAAACAAGUCUGUGCAGACAAGUCUACAGUAUUUGAAAUGAAUGGCUAGUUUUUAACUUUUCCAAAAUGUAAAUAACUCGGUUGAUCAUAUUUCCAUUUUCCAGCUAUGGAGAGAAAUAGUCUGGCUGGAUGGAACCUUGUCUGUUAUUGGUGCAGAAGUCACUUAAAGGCACCUUUUGGCACAGGCCUCAGCGGGUCUGGCUCCCUGAGACUCACAUAAUUGUAUUUAUAACUCCAUUAGUGAUUGAAUCCAGGCAUCACUGGGCUCACUUACAUCGCUGUAUGUGACUCGGAGGCUCAUUUUGUGUCAUUUCUGCAAACCCGUCAGUUGUUGACACCUUGUUAGAGGCACUGAAAUUUAGUUUCACAGUUCUUCAUUUCCCCUCCCAGGGAGCGGGCAAUCUACCAGACCCUCCCAGAUCAGUGCUUUGCUGGGAAGUAGUGAAUUCCAGAGUAUUAACAUGUCAGACUGGAAUCCAGUUCAGUAGUUUUAUUUCUUCCAAGACCCUUAAUCAACACUCUGAUAUAAACUUAGCAUUUGGGAAAUUUUUGUAGUUGACAGCUGACUUGGAAAUGUGAAGAUAGAAAAAUGUCAGCAAGAUGUCUCUGUCUCCUAAGGUGCCCAUGAGGUUUCUACCAAUGAAGAGGUUAGCGGGGCAAGUCAAGCCUCAUCUGGUAGGUCAGACUGUCCUCAGUGGUGCUUCUGGAUUCAUUUCCUCUCCAGCCCCAGCUCCUCUCUCAGUCAUCCUGGUGAUAAACAGUAACACAGAGCACCUUUUUCUUCUUGUCCUCCCUUCUCUGACAUGAUGGUUCACUUUAGUCAGAGCUCAAACUCAUUCUUGAGUAUUAUGUCUCUGGAACACUUGUUCAUGAAUAUCUUCUUCACGCUAUAAUCUGGGGAAGACUGGUUUAAUCUCAAGUUUUUAUAUAGAGUGGUGGCUAAAGCCAUUAAUUUAUUCUACAUUCCAUCUCAUAUAACUUUCUGUUUUUUAAUAUUAAAUAUACUAAGAAUCUCCAUUGUAUCUCCUUUUCUGAAAGCUUAUUCAUAGACUUCUGUGGGCUGGUUUUUUUUUUUUUUUUUAAUGCUUUGUGUGAAAUUCAGUAGCACUGGGUGAGAAAAAUGCAAAUGAGCCCAAUUUCCCACAGCAACUUGGCCUUCUUCUCCAUGGAAUAAACAACCUUCUACCACCCUUAAGCUGUUUUGUAGGCUGAGUGUUUGCCUAAAUUCUACCCGUGCAGACACCAAGGGGUUCUUCUGUCUUUGAAGCUGUAAGAAUGUCUUAAAAGAGAAUGAGUACUUCUCCCCAUAUAUAGUGUGAGCUGGCAGUGUGUUAUACUUAGUAUAUCAAGUAAAAAAUCUAAUGUAUUCAGGCAUGCAUUCCCAGAGGUCUGUCAACAUCUUUGGCAAAAUUAUACAUGCUUUCCUUCCCUUUUCUCUUCUCAGACUUGCUUCCACUCUUGUCUCAUGAAACAAAUGUAUUUUUGUUUAUUCAUAUGGGUCAGCUUUCCAGAAGGAAAGGCUAGUCCCAUGGACCACUGAGUAUAAAGGAAGUUAUCCUCCACUGCCCCAUGACAUGGUUGAUAGGUGUAUUUAGGGAUGCACAACUUUCUGGGAUCUCUUGGGAUGGAUUUUUGAAUUCCAGGUUUCCAUGAAGUAUAUAAAAUUGUAUACAUAGCAUACAAAGAUUAUACUGUUCUCCCCCAAAGAGAUUAAGAGCUUUAUAAUCUAUACAUCUUAGAUAGAUUUCAGCGAACUAUAAGUAGCUCAUUUUUCCCCCUUUGUUCUUGGCAACUUGUUCCUAUCUAUAAUCUUAUUCCUUCACAUCUGACCACCAAGGCAUGAAGUGUCAACCCGCUCAGAUUGCCCCCUGCAAAAUCCUCUAAAGACGUCCAUUUCCUUUAGAAACAAAUCCAUGGGUAAGAGGGGAAAGUCUAGUGACCAUUCUCUUAGCCCAGGGUGGCACACAUGGGAUUUUGAGCUAAAUCUAUGCCAAAUAUUAAUUUUACAAUUCUUUAAUUUCUCAAGAUACAAAUAAUGUGACCCUACUGUUAGUAGGGUGUAGAAUCUUUGAAGAACAUAAGCAUUAAGAAGAGGGGACUUCUCUUUAAAGAAACAAUCGAAGAUAUUCCUCAAAAGAAAUUUUUAAAAUUAGAAAUUGAAUAAUUGUUAAGAUUCUUUGGAGAAAACAUGUCGUUGAUUCAUCAUAGUCUUUUCCUUUUCGUCGAGUUCUAAUUUAGACUAGCACGGGAAGCAGAGUGCCCCUGGGCUUUGAUUUAGGGGAUCGUGCUUUGGUCUGAAGAGUCAGUAGUGGCCUGCAUGCCCAGAACCCGAAUGAAGUCAGUCAGUGUCCUAAUGAGAAUCAGGCCUAACAGAAAUGUAAAUUAUUUCAAGACCUUUGGGGUUUAAUUUUCUUAGCAACACCCUCGAUCCUGUUUCCGAAAAUUAAUUUGAUCCUUGCAGUUAUGUGUCUUCAUUUUGCCUUAUGAGAUUGCAAGCAAUGGGAUGAGGGAGAAAAAUAGACAGUAGAAAAGGAAAAUUUGAACAAGGUCAGGGUGUAAUGUUUUGCUGAUAUAAUGCAUUGUUAGGGAGCUGGUGACUGUUGCCAUGGUUGUUUCAUGGGCAGUCUUUCAACGGAAGCUCAGGGCAUAGGUGUGAGGGCAGUGGGAGUGCCCGGUAUCUCGUACUGGCCCACGCUUGAUGGUGUGCUGGAAAAGCAGGUACAUACCAGUGGACUGGCCUGUGCUUGCUGAAAUAACUCCAUUGAAUAUCAGAUUAACUUCCAUGGGAUCAGUUGUCCAUGAACCUUCCUGUUUCCUCUCUGCCUGUUUAAAGUUCAUUUUGGCAUCAAGCUUCAUUUCGUUUUUCUCCUUUCAGUACUUCUGCAUUGCCUCCCUUUCCUUCACAUCCCACAGUGACGUUUGCCUCCCUUGACUGUUUCUCCAGGACCCAGCUUUCUCUCCCUCUUUCCCGCACAGACACCUGAAGUGCCCCUGAGCCCUCACCCCCUCGUCCCACACCCAUGCCCCAUCCCCCAGCCCUGUGGACAGGGAGCUCUGCUGUCACCAAGAGAGACACAGCCUUGUGACUGCUUCUUGUUAAUGUCAGCACCACCUCAUCACUUAAGCAAAGAGGGAAAAAUCCAUAAAAGAGAUGGAAAAUACAUUUCUUUUUUUUAUUAUUAUUCUACUUUAUUUUAAGAAGCUUGAGGAGAGGGGUGGUUCCAGUCCUUCUCAGUUUCCCAGAGAGUUUUACUUUAAAACUGUCUAAUGAAGGACCAUUCUUUUGAUAAAUGUAUAAAUCAGUCCAGGUCACCAGCUAUGAGGCGUAAGACUCGAGUGUUGAAUCUCUGUGCUGCUGGACAAAGUGACUGAAUUCUGUGCAAAUAUUUUGAAUCACAGGCUUUUUAUUGCCCCUCAGCUCUUACUACCACUCAUGAUUCAGACAUCUUCAUGAAGCUGGAUCAGGAUGUUGACAAUUUGUGGUUAUUUUCAGAUCAGCAGUAACUGUUACCCUCUUGAAAGCACUUAAAAAGAAAGUUUAAGCGUAUCUUAAAUAUUCAACCAUUUGACCCAGAAAAAAGUUGACUUCUCUGUUUAAUUAUUAGACCAAUCUGUAGAUGUAAUCUUAAAGGAUUUUUAAUGCAAUAAUGAAGACAGUUUGAGAAAUGAGAAGGCACUUUAAAGACAUGAACGCUUACAUUACAUACUCGUGGAUAUUUUUUAAUGGAAUAAGCUAAUUGGAUUCAGGUAUUUUUUUCCCUUUAAAUUUUUAAAAAUAUGUAUUUCUAAUUUGCAUAUUUAAUUUUGUCAAAACUGAGAAAUGCUCUCUAGUUGAACUUGUAAAUGUUAUUUGCAAACCAAAUGAAGUAUUUAUUUUUAAAAAGAAAAGGUGAAGGAAUCAAUACUGAUGUGUACAUAAUGAAUAUAUGUGUUUGUGUGUAUAUUUUUCCUUCUUGACAUUACUUGGUCCCCACAUCAAUUGUAUUUUUGUACAUAAUAUAUAUAUUGGUUAGAAAAUGUAGAUUGUCUAUUCAAAGACAUCUAUCUCUGAAAGAUUAUAUUUAUCCUACUGUUGAUACCUCUGUUAAUUUGUUUUAAGAGAUAGAAUUCUAUUUUUUUGGAACUUGCAGAGAACUGCAUUCAUGGCUUCCAGUUGUAAAUAUGCUAAGGGUAUUUUAAUAAAUUUUGGUUUCAUGUC